AUGAGUGAAAUCAAACCUACCGAUCCAGCAACAACUAACGCUGGAGAGGAAAAGGACUGGGCAGCAGAAAAAGCAAAGAAACCUAGACCCGUAAGUAAUACAUUUUUACAUUUGCAGCUGUUGUUUGCCUUUUGCCAAUAAAAUCAUUGUCUUUACACGUACAAUAUUGGUAAUUUGUUUCAAUAAAACCUUUGCUUCAUAAUCUUGUUUUCCAAAUAGCCCAAACCACAAAAUGCAGUUACAAUCGCCGUCUCCUCUCGCACCUUGUUCAACAUGGUUGCGGAGCAGAAUAUCUAUGAGGAAGAGGGAGUCGAGAAGUAUGUUACCUAUCAACAGGAGCACAAGAAUGAGCCGCUCAUGCCAGGUGUGGCGUUUCCCCUUGUGAAGGUAAAUUAGAGGGAUUAAAUUAACUAAAGAUAUGGCGAACCUGAAUGUCUGUGUGUGUAGAGUCAGUAGGUGUGGUUGCGCUACGACUUCAUACAGAUUACGUAUUGUAAGUGAAGGGGAAACCUCACUCACUCUGUAUUGCCAAUGACAUUUGUUUAAUGCAUCCAGAAUAGUGUUUUGCUCAGAAUUACAACAGCCAAUGUGGUUUCCUACUGUUAUUCACCAUCCAUACAUGAAUGCAUGAAUUACACUUUGGCAGGUUAUUCUUGUUCUUCCCCUAUUCAAGCUGCUCUACACUCUUAGAAGUAAAGGUGCCUGGAAGAACCUUUUGGGUUGACACACCUGCAGAGGGUUUCCUUGAGGAACCCCUCUGAAAAGGUUAUGUUAGAAAUUGCGUAAUUCAAAUCUGGUAUUGGAAUAAGAGAAAACAUAAUCAAGAGAUAUUCAAUCCAAGCUAAAUUUAUUAUAUGCAAAAUGUAUGUAUGAUAAGUAUGAUGGUUCGUAUACGGGCUCACUGAAAUACCACGCAGGGCAGACAGAGAACUGAUCCAUUGUUACAGGCUGUUCUUUUAAAUACCCUGACAUUGAUAGUUCCCGCUCCAUGCUGGGCCUAUCAGGGUAGAGGUUGGGCGUGGUUUAGACUUGCCCAACCUAUCGCUGGCGCUCAGGCUGGUCCCAGCCCCUUGGCGCUCCACUGUUGCACACUGUUGCCAUAAGUUGUUAUCAUAACAACCUGUAGAGUCAGCACCCAUAGACACCGUUCCACUGUACUCUAUGUACCUACGUUCAAGGACGGUUCACAGAUCACAAAGAAGCAGUGUAGUCUAGUAUUUUGAGACAAAAGUUCUUAUCUCAUCCUACCCCCUAACGUUCCUCACAUGAAUCACAGCUUGUUAUGUGAAACAAUUUAUAGCUAUUCAUCACAUCCAGCUAUGAGAAAACAAAUCCCCCCAGUUCUUAGAGGAACCCCUGUGUAAAGGUUUGAAAAUGGAUAAUAUGGUAAUAUUAUUCAUUUGAUAAUAUGUUGUAGAGUUGGCAGCCUAUCAGAUUGGAGGCGUGGUUUAUUGGAGGCAUGGCUUUCAGAUGUUUUGUCAUCUGUUAGCAUAAAUGUAAUUCCUGUUCGUCAUGUUAAGUUUGUACACUGCAAAUUAAAAUGUUCCUUGAAUAUUUGUGCAUAUUAUAUAUUUAGAUAUAAUGUUAGUAAAAUUAACAUUGCGGAUUAUAAACAGUAAUAAAGAGGAAACUAUUAGUGAUUUUACAUUUGAGGCAUGCGUUGAAAUCGCUAAGCAGUUUACUUCUAAGCAGUGUGCCGACACCUGUAUCACUUUAUCAGAAGAACGUGAUCAAUUAAGUCUGAAACUUCGUUUUGUCAAACAACCACAUGGCUGGUUUGGUAUUGGUUUCAGUAGAAAACCAAAAGGCUACCCUGCACACGCGCUACGGCGUGUGGGACUUAAUCUAUAACAGGAAUCAUCAACUAGAUUCAGUCCCGGACCAAUUUUUUUCAGUCCCGGAGUCAUUUUUUCUUAAUCCCUAUGUCAAUUAUGUCCUAAAAACACACACUCUCACACACACACACACACACUCUCACACACACACUGCAGGCUCUGAUGAUAGUGAACUCCAGACUGAGGCAGCUCUACCCCGACAGUGAGGAGCUGUUUGAUAUCGUCCUGAUGACUAAUAACCACGCCCAGGUCGGGGUGCGCCUCAUCAACAGCAUCAACCACUAUGGUCCGUAAAACACGCCUACAACAUGCCCACAACACGCCUAAUGCUCUGUAAAGCGUACUGCAAUGUUACAGCCACGCCUACAAUGUUAUAAAACACACCUGUUUUGGAAUGUAUGUUGAUGUUUCAUUGAAUGAUUGGACAUCCAAUUUUAAGCUGUUCUUUUGACCAAAUAUGUUGUUUUUAAUAUUUACAUGCCUGUUGUUCAUGAUAUGUAGUGGCAAUCUGUGGCUACCAGCCUGAUGACUAUACCAUCACAUUUCUAUGAGUUUCUGAUAAAAAACAAUGGUUCCCUCUACCUAACAGAUUUAACCAUUGAGCGAUUAUGUAUGACGGGAGGGCAAAGCCCCAUUGGCUAUCUAAAGGCCUGCAUGACCAACCUGUACCUCUCCAAGGAUGGAGAAAAAGUCACAGAGGCCAUUGAGGAGGGUAGGUGGUGAUGCUACUGGUUUAAGACGGACUGGUUUAGGUUAGCAUGGAUGCUAAGUCCAAAACCGUAGAUUACAUUGUGGUAACACUUUAUAGUAUAGCUUACAGAUAUAAUGCAUGGAUGAUGCUGUCAUAAUGGGUUGUGAGUAGAUGGUGUACAGCCAAGGACGAGUUUACAAUUGAACUACCAUGAGAGUUUGGUCUUAAUUUUGGAGAGGAUGAGGAUUUCAUUGUUGGUUUUACACACAACAUAAUUGUACAGUUUCAGUUAAUAAAACAGACGAUUGUUUAUUUUUGAUGAAAGUACUGAUGAUGAGUGUACUGUUGCUUGUAUGUGUGUGCUUCCUGUAACUGUCACCUCCUGAUGUCAUCCCCAUCACACUAGGUAGCUAGCUACAGUAGUUCCCGCAGUAGUUGCAGGAUGAAGGACAAUGUGUCCCGGUGUUGUUGCCGUUCAUGUUCACCCCAUUGGGUAGACUGAAUCACGGUAACGUCUAGACGCUUACCAAUAUGAAUUAUUUUAGUAGGAGACUAAAAUCCUAUAAAAAAUUAUGACAAAUUGGUCACGUUAUACUAGUUACCACCGGCGACACCGUGAAAAUACAGCUGCCGUGUAGGAAUCACCUCACGUCGGCAAGCACAACACCGGUGAGCUGGUCAUUCGCACCGGCUUGCCUUGUCGUCAUGAUUACAGAGGGCAAUAACGUUAGCUAAUUGGCAUGUCAAGGUGACAUCCAUAUGAACACUAGCUGUCAUCACAGAUGAAUGGAGAAACCAGUUAGCUAAAAGUAUAUUUACUGUUCUCGCCUAGCGACUCAUAGCUCACCCCAUACAGAACCAAUAGCUAGCUGUUGGCAUAGUGUCGUGUAUGAAGAUUAUGACUAGUCUUGAGGGACAAAGAAAAACUGUUUAUCUUAGUUUAAAUGUAGCAGUUGUAGGGUGACGCCCCAGGGGAGACCGGUGAUUGGACGAAAGAGGGAGCAACCCAUUUUUGCCAUUGUUUAUAAGUAGGAGCUAGACAAAGGGGGAGUCAGAAGCAUUCAGAUUAAUUUGGGACGGUGCUUCUCCGGACACCGCGGGUCUGUAACUUAUGCUGUAACCUUGUGAUAUUAAUAAAAGCCUCUAAUCACGGUGCAGCCUAAGCGGACUCUUUGAUUGACAGCAAUAAGCCACCAACAGCAGACGCGAAACGACAAUAGCAACAAAACCCGCCAAAUCGCACUGCGAGAGAAUGACGAUGUUUGCGUCACUUUCAUCCGUAGCUGUACAUAACCGUUGUAAUGGUUUGUAAGACCUGUUAUGAGCAUGUAUAACCCCCUUACAAUGUCUUAUAAACAGGCAUUGCUGCAGCGACCAUGUUUACUUCUGGAGAUGAGGAGAACCAGCUGUCUGACAGGCAGCUGAAAGUAGCUUUUGACGGGGACGCUGUCCUCUUCUCUGACGAGUCUGAGAUCAUAUUCAAACAACACGGCCUGGACAGGUUCAUUGAGCACGAGAUGAAAUUUGAGGACACACCUCUUCCAAAGGUGAUCAUGAGAUGACUCUAUUUUAUGUUAGAUUUUAACAUGGUCGUUUGUGUCAGAUUUCCUUGAUUUCCUUUACUCCCUAUAGAGGGGUUAUAGAUGUUCAACUAACUAGCAACAAACAUUUAACUAACUAUCCCACUAUCCCUAAACCUAGACCUAACCCUUUCCUUAUACCUACCAAAGUGUUGCAUAUCAACAUUGGCAGUUAAUAUCUUGGUGAUCGUUUGAGCAUCUAAAGACUAAUAAAGUGGAACACUAUUGGUGUAUUAUUUGCUUUGAUUUUGGACAAAAGUAAAAAUAAUACUAUGCCAACCCUAUGACUCAUUCAUUCACUCAGGGUCCCUUGAAGUGUUUCCUGGAGGCGCUGGUGAAGCUCCAGAGAAAGUUCUACGCCAAGAAUGAACGUGUGAACUGCCCCAUUCGUACCUACCUGGUAACAUCCCGCGGAGAAGCCUACGCGGGGGCCCGUGUCCUCAAGACCCUCAGGCUCUGGGACCUGGAGAUCGAUGACAUCCGGUUCCUAAAAGGGGCCCCCAAAGGUCCCGUCCUGCAGGAGAUCCAGCCCCACAUAUUCUUCGACGACCAGAUGUUCCACAUCAAGGCGGCCAUAGAGGUGGGGACCAUCGCUGCACACGUGCCUUAUGGGAUCGGACAGAAGUAUCACAAGGGGAAACUUAUUGAGCAGCCCGCUAGAGAUGCCAAAGACAAGAAGUAGUGAGCCUCCUAGCGGUGGGAAGGUAGCAUAAGUUAUGCAAAUGCUUAGUUGCACACAACCCUGUCAUCAGCUGUAGUAACUUUAUUGUUUAUCACCUUUUUUAGAGCAGGAUUUUGUAUUAUUUCUCUCUAUUUACACUUUAUUACAAAUGCCUUUAUCAGAAUAUAUUGUAUUAACAGGAGAGAAAAACACAUUGUUUAGGACUGUAGAUGGAAUACUCACAUCAGGGACCAAUGUCACCUAAUGUUCUCUGUCAUAAGGAGAGAAGGGAUCACUUUCCUACAAUCCUCAUCAUCAUCACAUUAUAGUCUUUAAUAGUAUUUGGUCAAAUAUGUAGUUUUUUAUGAAAAUGUAUGUCAUAAAGUGUGUUACCAUUUUACACAGGAAAGUAUAUUUAGGAAAGUGUCUUUUAUAUCUUUAGAGAAGCACAUUUUGUCUCAUAGCCAGAUAAACAUGUAUGUUAUAUUCUCAACACUCCCGUAUCUAGACUUCUCGCUUCUGCCAACGCAUGUCAUGGUUUUGUGUAUUGUGGUUUAACAUAGCUUUGAGGUACUUUGCAUAGAGGAUUGGUAAAGAUAUGUGCACUUUAGUAAAUGUAUGAAAAGGAACACUUACAAGGUAGAAUGCUUAUUGAUAUGAAGUGCUGCAAAUAAAUCUGCAUUUUGGUUUUAAUGCACACCAUACAAAACAAACUUUAACACACUAUUAUUUACACUUAAAGAUGCAGUCCGGGAUCUUAAGCACUUACAAAUUCUUAACAUAUUGUACGAAAUGGAAUUCGUAACAUUUCAUACGAAUUGUGAACGUUACAUUUUUUAUUUUUUGCAGGACGUAACAUAUCAUACAAAAUG